AUGGAACGAAACUUGCGAUCGAGAACCGUGAACGGGACUAAGACUACAAGCGGUUUGCAAAAGGGCGACACCAGGACGGUUGUUAUCAUUUAUGGUUCUGGCCAGGAGCAUAUCGUAUCGGUUUUCGCAGACGUCUUAGGGAAACCAUAUCGUAUGGCCGACAGCUUUCAAGGCAUAACUUCUAUAGAACAAGAAUCCGUACUGGGGAUAUCGUUGGAGAGCGCCAAGAUUGAUAUUUCCUCGCGGAGUCGAGAUGCGGUGGUUGCGAUUAACGCCCACUGUAUUAAUCUGGGAAUGCCACCUGAUACUUAUAUAUCAGCGCAGUGCGACUACGAAUUCUUGUACCCCGAGGCGUCUUUCUUCCGUCGAGAUUUGGCUCGGUUCAUCUCCUUCACCCUUGGCCAGAUUAACCAUCAUGAUGCCCUCAUGUCAAAGCCGCGCACUUAUUUCAUUUCAACCACCUUUCCUGAUGUUCGGGCUGCCCUUCCUAACAUAGAUAUUCUCACGGUUGGCGCUGACGCUGUAGAACUACGUGUCGAUCUUCUCAGGGAGCCUUUGAUGGAUGGUAACUUUGCGCCAAUACCGAGUUUAAGUUAUGUUGGGGAACAAGUCAUGUUAUUGCGACAGAGGACUGAAUUGCCCAUUAUUUUCACGACGAGGUGCACGAAAGAGAAUGGGCACUUUCCGAUGGAUAAUCCUGACUUGUAUUACGAAUACCUUUUUCGGGCCAUCCAGUGGGGGGUCGAAUACAUCGAUGUUGAGCUUUGGCUUCCGGAACAUAUUCGUCGGAGGCUAUACGAAAAACGCGGAAGCAGCCGUAUUAUGUCUGCGUUUCACGACUUUUCGGGCACAUUCAAGUGGCCUUCAGCUCAGGCGGAGUCUAUCUUCCUCGAGUCUCGGAGAUAUGCUGAUAUCAUAAAAAUGAUAUCAAUAAUCAACGACCACAACGAGAAUUUCGAGUUGGAAUAUUUCCGAUCCAAAAUUCGGAGCGAGUAUCCACACUCGCCCCCCCUUUCGGCCGUCAAUAUGGGGGAGACUGGCCAGUUUUCGAGGACUCUAAAUAAAGUCUUCACACCCAUCACCCACCCCCUUCUUCCGAUUAUUGCUGCGCCAGGUCAAAUGAGCGCUGCGGAGAUUAACGCCGCGUUGUCAUUGCUCGGUCAACUUCCGAAGAAGAGUCUCUACGGAAUUAGUAGCCCAUUCUCCCGUAUUGCGACUCCUUAUGCACCCUUUUACGAGAAAUGCUUCAACGAGCUUGGCUUACCACACCAAUUUGCGGUUGUCCAAAGACACCUUAAGGGGCCUACCUGUGUAGAAGCGUUAUGCAACCAAAAGUCCUUUGGUGGAGCAUAUUUGAGUCCCCCAGUGUCCUUAGCAAGCCUCAUGCAUAAUAGUUCCUUCUUUGCGAGGCUGAACAGCGGGUUGGGCCCAUCACUCACUGAAGCAGCCCGUACAAUUGGUAUGGUUGAUACCAUCGUUGUUCAAUCUCGAUCGUCCCCACCACCUUCGGCGCUUCCUGCGGCUUCCCCUGGUUCUGACCAGGGUGCUAACACAUUCCCAAGUUCCGGCAUCAAUAGUGACAACGGAUUGCCACCGAGCUCAACACUGAUUUUUGACAACGCAAAUUGGCGUGGCAUCGUCAGUACCCUGACUCGUGAUCUUGCGCCAUCAGCCUACUCUGGCCGUGCGGCAGUUGUCUUGGCGGCGAAUUCCGAUGACGCGGCGUCUGCUAUGUAUGCACUAAAAGCGCUUCGAAUUGGUAAGGUAUAUACUGCGGGUUUCAAGACACCUUCCAAUCUAGCUCGUGGCCUUGAGGUCGAGCCCUUCAAUAGUUUAGAAAGCCUUCAAAGAGCAAGAAUGGUGCGCGACAAGACUAGUCCUUUCGUAAUCAUCUCUGCCCUUGGGCCCGAGAAAUCUAAUAUUGUCGGGAUGCUUGUGCGAGUAUUUGGAGGCUCGAGAGGCUCGUCAACGCAGAUCCGCAAGGUUUUCUUGGACUUGGCUGAUGGACCGAGGAAAGGAGACCCGAGUGCGGUUGCGGAACAGAGCGGCUUUGCUGCUUACGGCGUGGCAGAUACGACUGCAUUCACAACCGUAGAAACUCUCAGGCUGCUUGUUGGCCAAAACGUGCCCUACAGCUUCGUGCGGCUUGCCGGCGGCCAAGGAAUGUUUUAA